AUGGGAGAAACAGGCCCUCCAAAAGGAUGUGGGUCCAACAUCAGCUCCAUAUAUUACAACCUGUGUGACCUGACCACAGUGUGGGGGGUCGUGCUGGAGGCUGUUGCUGCUGCAGGUGUGAUGACUUCUUUUGUCUUGUUCAUCAUUCUCAUGGCCUCCCUACCUUUUGUGACGGACAAGAAGAGAAAGGGUAUGGUGGCUCUACAGGCCAGCAUAUUAGUCUUUACGUUGGGACUCUUCGGGCUUACUUUUGUGUUUAUUGUGGGUCAGUACUCCACAAGCUGUGCUGCUCGGAGGUUCCUGUUUGGAGUAAUGUUUGCAGGCUGCCUCGCCUGUUUGGUAAUGCAUGGACUGUGGCUUUCCUUGUUGAAGUGGAGCACCCGUGGACCCAGAAGUUGGUUGCUAUGGCUGGGCGCUCUGGGUCUGUGGCUCGUUGAGGUGAUCAUCAAUAUUGAAUGGCUUGUCAUCACUGUGGUCAGUAGCCCACCUGGAGGAAUCACUGCCCCUGACCUUGCCUGCAACACUGCCAACCAGGACUUUGUGAUGGCUCUCAUUUAUGUGUUAAUUUUGAUGCUUGCUGUGGUCGUCACAGUUACUCCAUCACUAACACACAAGCACAAGCAGUGGCGCCGAGAUGGCACUUUCAUCCUGGUCACAGGGCUCUUUACCAUGGCCAUCUGGGUGGCUUGGAUUUGCAUGUAUGUCCGUGGAAACCAAGCAAUUGGAAAGCCCAGUUGGGACGAUCCUACUCUGGCUGUAGCUGUGGCGUCAAACGCCUGGGUCUUCCUCGUCUUCUAUACAAUUCCAGAAAUUUGUCUGUUAACACAAGCGGACCCAGACCAGGAGCAACCUUUUGAUGGGGAGGACGUCUAUCCUACAAGGAGCUUGGUGUUUGAAAACACAGAGAAACAGCCAGAGCCAGAACCAGUGCAGGAGAAUCUUUACAUAGAGAAUCGAGUUUUCACCAUGGAAGAGCGCCCGGCAGAAUCCACAAAGCCAGAGUCUCCAUACGGGGUGUAUAAUGGUCAGCUGAGGAGUGCCGUGUACCAGCCAACAGAAAUUGCCCUUAUUACCAGAGGUCUAUCAAUGCUGGACUCCAACAUAAUGAUACCUCGAGCCAUGAUCCCAUCUUUGAAACCAGGAAGCCGCAGGAACUCCCUGUCUCGUUCAGUCGAGUCUUUAACAUCUCAAGGACUGUCUUAAGUCCCAUGUUAGAAAAAAAGUUUGUUAACAUUCUUCUAAAAUAUACCCCACUUUUUAUUUCUCUGUAAAAUGCUUUCACAGUCAAAGGGUGGAAACAUAAUUUCCACUGACAGGCCCUUUAAUGCUCAAAAGCAAGUUAUCGCAAGCAAUUCAAUUCAAUUCGGAUUAUUUAUAUAGCUCCAAGUCACAACAG